AGAAUAUAGAACAAUAAUAUUUUUAAAAAAGUAAAGCUGGUUACGAAUUGUAAAUAAAUUCAGCAGUACUAGUGCAAAGCCUAGACAUCAGAUGAUUUAGAAAUUUGAGACGACACACGCAUGAUACAUCAGCCGAUCAGAAACUUCUGUUCUAACGCUCAGUAAGGAAAAGUCCACGUACCUUUCCAUAACAACGGUCUUUUAUUCUUGACAACACAUUAGUUAUUCAAAUUUAUGACAUGGAACACGAUUUUCGUUGCGAGCGACACACAGUUUUUGCUUUAAAAUGUUUUAGAAGACAUAUGUUGCUCGAAAUUUUCUCGAAACUUGAAAUAUAGCUCAAAUGUUGCCCAAAGUGCAAAAAAGUGCUAAAGGGUGCUCAAAAUGCAAAAUAGUGCUCCAAACUCAAGAAAGUGCUCAAAAGGUGCUCAGCGCAAUCGGGAAAGGCCUACCCGAGAGGCCGUAUACAGCUAUUUCGAGAAAGCUUGUUAGGAAAAAAUGUGCACGUGGCAAUCCCGAAAGGUACUAUGGGAUAUGAUCAAUACACUUUUCCUGGCACAGUCGAUGUCAAACCUACUUUUCUUGCUUCCCUUUAGCACUCACAACUAUACUCCCAUGGCCUCUCGUGCCAUUCUUUCAAAUUUCUUUGAAAAACAGUGAACCGUAAAAGCGCCCACAAUACCUUUCGGGCUUGUCGCGUGCACUUUUUCCGACAACCUUUCUCGAAAAAGCUGUAUACUUGCGUUUUUUGUGCCGUUCCGGCUUAGUCGUCGCUGAGCAUGACCGAGGCUCCUGUCGCUAUCCUUCCUUAUGUUCUGGAAGCCGUUCGCCCGGCUGCGAUACUUCCUUCGAGUUAUCUUUUAUAACGUGGGUCGCUUUCAGACUGGAUUUCAUGGCGGGUAUCAUUCUCCAUUUCAUUUUCAUAGCAAGUGUCGCUUCGAGUUGUUUCAUAGCGUACGUCACUUUCAGUUGUUAUGGCAUGUGUCGCCUUCACGUUGGUUUUUCUCGGCGUGUGUCGCCUUCCAGUUAGCCAUUUCUGGUGUGAGUCACUUUCACUAGCUUCUUCUUACUCGCGAUCGUCCAGAGCAAUUCCCUUCUGUUUUUGUACGCAGUUUUCAAUGGAAUCAAACCACUUUCAGAUGAAGCCGCGUUUCCAAAGCUUAUCGUUUUCUUUAAAAAUUAGCCAAUUGUACAUGUGUGGAUAGCAUGUUAUUUCACUGUUUAUAUGAUGUUUAAACCUUCUUUUCAAAAUAUUUCGAAAACGCUCUCAUAAAAUUUGUUCAAACUUUGCAAUAAUUGAGGCAACUAUGCCAGGUACAAACUCCCUUAAGCGAUUUCUUCAAAAAAAAAAACUCCUGGUGCAGAGAAACACAAAGACAAAUAAAAAGCCAAAUGGCGUCGUUACGUUGCCAUGACGACUCCGACUGCAAUAAAACCCAGAUCAUAAGAUAUUUUCUUCUUUAUAUAAUACAGUUGUGGAAACCUUUUUUCCACAUCUUUACUCAUUAGUUAAUGCUCAAACUUGGGAGUUAUCCCCCCAAAAAACUCCAGUCGAGCCAUCUUAAUUAGGAUUACUUUUCCGCCGUCUUUGUGGUUGAACAGUAAUAAAGAUUUCAGUUCAAAAUUAUCUGCCUUGAUGAUCAUACUAUUGAUUGCUGAGUCAAGCACAGCAUUCAGUCCGAAUUCAUCUGACAAAAAUGUGGUUAUUUGAAGACUACUGAAUAAUGUGACUACCACCGUAUCUCUACAUUUUGUUGAAGUUAAGAAGACCCAUUAUCAAUCAGGAUGUGAUUGAUUUUGUUUGGUUUUAAAUGCGAGCUAAAGAUGUUCGUUACUUCAUGCUUUACAACUGAAUAUUCCCUUAGUCUUUAUUUUUACACUUGGUCGGCUGGUGGCUAAAAGAGGCAGCUGUGAAUGUUUCACUUAAUAAUCAUUGUUAUAUGAAUAAGGUUAUAUUGUAAAAGAUACCUAAGAUUGUCACUUGUGAGGUGAAAAAGUUAAGUUAAUGUUGAAAAGCAAUAAAUCAUUUUAUAUGGAAAUCAUUGUGCCUGGAAAAGCUUGGAAAGCAAGGAAAUUUUGGGGGGUAAAAUUUGAAUUGUUAUUGGCCAAAAAAAGCGGCUUAAUAGAAAUUUCGUUGAGCUGCUAUGUUUUCAAAUCGUAUUUUCCGUCCUCAAGUCAAAGCAAGUUUGUCAUAUGUCAAAAUCCCAGUAGUGCAAUUAAUUAAUUAAUUAAUUAAUUAUUAGUUCACAGUUUGCUGAGCCACAGUCAAUUGUCUCAGUGUGCAUUUAAUGCAGCAGUGUUUUGCAUGUAAACAUAAAUUAUAGCUGACACUUGCCGUCCCAGGGUAUGUCUUAAAUGGUGCUUUCCAGUGAAAUGUAAGUUGGAUGCGGUCAAAACAUAUCUGUUUCAAAAGGAAAAUGCUUUAGCUAUUUCCGAGUGUUUUUCUAUUUCUUUUCUUUUUUGAUUUAACAAAAUGUAUUUUCAAGGUUUGGCAAGCAGCUGCAGCGAAAAAAAAAUUAAAAAAUUAACUAAAUAUGGGUUUGAGGGCUUGGCUGGCUAUCAGAAACCAAAAAUAAAGGUCUUCUAUGCAUUUUCUAGGAUUUUUGACAUCCUGAAUAGAUCAUCAAAAUGUAUUAAGUGGCAUGUACAUGACCAAGACUAUUGACAAGAAAGUAAACUGUUAUUAGAGCAUUCACAGCAUGAAAAAUCAAAUUUACGUGAGCGUAAUGACAACGUAAAGUCAGCGUAUAGUUGAAUUUUACACAACUUUACGCUUCCUUUACUCUACGUAAAGUUCAGCUUUACAGCACCUUUACGCGUACAUGUAAAGCUGGCGUAAUGAAACAAAAACUUUACGCAACACCUUUACGUUUUGCGUAAAGCUUGUGUAAACCCUACUUUAAGCUUGUGUAAAGCGAAAAUACAAGCUCCUUUACGCCAUAUAUAUAUACACAUAAACACACUGGAAACUUUAAAAAUAAAGGGAAAUAUAAUGGUAAUCGGUAAAUUUUUCUUACCAAACUUUUAACAAUCAAAAUUUUAUUUUUGUCCAUUUCACACAAACAUUGGAUUUUUGUUAUGUACUUAAUACCGGUUAUUUUCUUUGGUUCCCCAUCAUCUCUCCAUAGUAUUUACAAUCUGGAGCCAUGGAGGAUUACUCAUAUGUACAUUACAAAUAAUUGUAUGAGUAAUCCUGAAUUCAAGUUUCGACACAAAAUAAAAUACCCUAAUAUGUAACAACACUUCAACACACAGUUAAAGGAUUAGGCCAGAAAUUUUGUUUUUAUUCUUCAAAACUGACAACAAAAACGAAAAGUUAUAAGGCGUUGAGAACCCAAUAGACCUAUAGAAAAAUAAGAACCCAACUUCAAACUGACAUUAGUCAUCCCUACUAUUAAGUUAUAACUUGCUUUAAUGGAGUUAUAUUGUUUAACCAGUAGAUGAACUUUGAAUAAGUAGUAGUUUAAAAAAUAGGGCCCCUUUCCGUUUCCAAUUUUGCAUUACCAUAACCAAUUUUCAAAUUGCCUAUCUUUAUUUUUACAUUUCAAAUCCCAUGAAAAUCGCCAGGUAUGCUACAUUGUUGUAACUGCAAAAGCUGCAAAUACGAAUCGCAUUCUUUAAGUUUAGUCCCGCAAAGAGUGAUAUUACAAGGUUUUAAAAAACAAAACACACUGAUUCUCUAAAACUGAAUUUUCUAAAUAUAACAUGAUUUAUUUCUGUGUUAGCAUCUUUGUCAUUACAUUAAAAAUAAAAAAAAAACGAAAAUUUUUCCAACACGUAAGGUUUAAAUAAGAAGAUACAGUGUACAUAAACUUUUCAAAUGGGUCAAAACAGUCUUCUCAAAAUAUCCAAAAAAAAUCAUCUUAACUUAGUAUUAUACCAAAUUAAGAUGAUUUAUAGUUUAAAAUAAUUAUUAGCAUUUACAUGUAAGGUACAGUGUCUACAAGAAAACUGAUGAAGUUAAAUUUUGAUAAAAAACAGCAACUCUAACACGCAAAUUAAUGUAAAGGUGGGUCAAAAUGGUCUCUUCCAAAAUGAAAAUAUUUAGUAUAAUUUAGCAUAAUUCAAAUUAAAAGCUUAAACAAUUUUAGAUAAGAAAUAAAAAGACUGAAAGCCUAAUACAUGUAUAACAUUGAUGGUUUCUUGAUUUAGCCCUUUCACUCCCAGAAGUGUUUACAGUCAAACUUAACAACAAAAUCCAAAUAACAAAUCAUUUUCAUAAACUGAUGAUGUAAAAGUUAGAUGCACAAGGCUGUCACUAAGAUUGCAAGUUGCAGGGUUUAAGUGAAAUUAGUGAGCGGGACAUUGAAAAUGUGGAAAGUUUCGUUUCCUCUCAAAACAGCAAAGUAUUGGGCUCAAAGUAGCCGAUUUAAAGUCUGGUUUAUGGCCGUUAGUGACAGCCCUGGAACCACUUUACAAGACUAAGGCUUGUAAUUAACAUGUAUUAAUCCUGUUUGCUUUGAGAGGACUUUCUAUCACCAACAUCCCAUACCAGGCUGAUCUGCUGAAUAAAUAGAAAGCAAGUAUUAUUUGAGUAAACUACACAGAUUAUUUGUAGGCUAGUGAUAAUACACUUAAUCGCGCACUAAAGGCACAAGUACAUGUACAGUAAGGGGGUGUUUACAUGAGAAAACUCACACCGGCGCGAGUCUCAUACCGGGAUGACUUUUUGAUUUUGUAUCGGGUUUACAUUAUGACUGAGUCAUUUCAUAUCUCGUUAUUUGAAGGUACACUUUAUGUUGAUAAAAUACAAGUGUGAUACAAAAUAGCAAACAUUACGCGUGCGCUACCCAUUCCAGUCUACCAGCAGACCGAUUUCAUGCCGAAACGGGUGGUCGUUUCGCAUUUACAUGAUACUGCCAUGAGAUUUUGUACCAGAGUGAAAUUCUCGCCCCGGUACAAGAACCGGGGUGAACUCACGCUGGGGUGACUCACGCCUGCAUGACAUUUUGUGGUGGUAUCAUGUAAACAAAUAUAGAGCUAUGAGAGGGAACCGGAGUGAACUCGCUCCGGGGCAAAAGUUGCCCCGGUGUCAUGUAAACACCCCCUAAGUUGCCAGAGGACACCGCCUGCUAUUACUAAUUAAUAAUAUUUUUUCCUACACUCAUGGCCAAAUUACUACAAUCAGCACAAUUUUACUUGACACAGGGUUCCCCACAUGCCUCUUUUCACAAACCAAGACUAAAAAUUUGAAAAAAAUGAUAAGGCAUUUUCCACAAGUGGUCUAAUAACAGUGCAAAACCUGAGUAGCAAAUGAUUUCAAUGUCCACAAAUUCACACAACUGAAUAAGAUUCAUCUGACUGUUAAAGAUUCAAAAUGUUUGACUAGUAUGAGUUAAAGGCUUUCCUUAAAGGCAAUAAUAUUUACAUUCAGAACCCUACUUGCAGUUGAGUGAAAAUCAGGGUAAAAUGCUACAUGGAAACCCUAUAAUAAUAAUAAUAAUAAUAAUAAUAAUAAUAAUGAACUUUAUUAACGUCUCAUGUCUUAUAACACAGGCACAGUGCCUUACUAGUUGGGGAGACUGAAGCAUAUACAUAUGUUAAAUUUAUUAACAAUGGUUUAUUAUAUUAUUAGAGUUCAAUGGUUUACAAUGUAUAUCUUUUUUUAUUUUAAUGUAUGCAUUUUUAUAAAAGUAUCAUCCAUUAAUAUCGUUGUAAAGUGCUAUGAAAAACCACUGGAUGUACAUUAUUAUUAUUAUUAGAGAGUAAGCAGUGCGCAAAGAAAGUAGUGUCCGAUAGCCCGGGGCUAGUGGAUUUUGCUAUCGAGCUAGUGAAUUUUGAACUUAACUUGCCCGAUGGGCAAGUGAAGUUUUUUUGACGAAUUCAAAUUAACGAAGAACUGUGAAAUCGAUUCUGCUCAUCAAAACGCUUUGGGGCUAGUUGAAAUGACAUUUGGGCUAGUAUAUGCUAGCUUCAGCUUGCCCGAAUGGCAAGCUUUAAAAAUCACCUUCUUUGCACCCUGGUAAGAGAGAAAUUUUCCUAUCCACUUGUCCUUCACACAAGCAAUACAUUAAAUUUGGUUGUCCGAAACCUAGAGUUCUUGUCCAAAAAGUUUAGCUUGCAACGGGCAUUUACUGUUUUUAAUCACAUUAUUUAAUCACAUUAUUACCCUUGUAUAUUAUUUUUGAAUUAAACCUACAACAGAACAGAGCUUGUAAAAAAGCAAAUGGAUGAAACGACUGGCAGUGGAAUGGCAAAGUUAAAUGGAAUAUUGUUUCUUAUCUUUAUUUUUCUAAUUAAAAAUGUGCUUGUCCCACGGACAAGUCAUAUCAAAGGUUUACAUGUUUGAACUAAAUUUCUACCUGUCCCGGACUAAAGUUCCAAAUCAAUAAACAUCCCUAGCCUUCUCAUGAGCUCCACCAAAGACUUUCAGGGAAAAUAUAGAAACAUAUAAGCACCUUAUUCCCAAAAGCUUCAAAUUUUCCUGAAACUUUACCUAAUAUAUUUUUUUCCUUUUUAAUACGAAACGUUCAAGGUUCCUAGUUAAUGUAACAGGAGUGAAGCCACUUUGCUAUUUAAAGCCCUUAUCCUCAAUCUUGAAAACAAUGCCUCCUAAUAAUAAUGUACAGUGUACCCUGUAAAUAAAGCAGCCUAUUUUCUUUCAUUGCCACCAGGGACAUUUCACAAGAGAGACAGUUGUAUUUGCAGAUUAAUAAUGGUGUAUGUAGACAAGAGAAUUCGAAACAGCUAUGACUGCUAUGACUCUCUUAACAGUCUUAUCUUUCGCAACUUGUUUCUUUAAAUUUUAUUUUCCUUUAAACCUAGAUUUACUGACGAUACAACUAUGGUGCAAAUAGAACAAUUUCUGGUUUCUAACAUGCAUGACUGUGUGUUUUGCUUCCCAAAAAGUAAGGCAUUCAAUUUCCUGACAGUAUGUGCUGCACUAUAUCCUCUCAAGAACCACAAUAUAAUUUCAUAGGAGCAGUGCACAAUGAAGAUUAAAAUUAAUGGUAAUAUAUGAAAUGAAUCAUACUUUGAACUGCAGAUGAAGGUAUGAAACUGUGAAGAUGUUAACAACUAUGUUGGCACUUACAUGAAAAUACAUUCUAAUUCAAUCACGGUCUGCAUUAGCUAUGCAUUGAAAGACUCAUGAAAAUGUCUAUUCAUUCUCUGUUCAUUUAAGUUAAAACCCACGUAAUUUAAAAUCAAAAAUAAACUUUUGUAUCUGCUUCAAAAAAUACAUGCAUGCUGUUAAAUUAUUCACCACCCUUGCGAAAUGAAUUCCCAGAGUUCUGGGAAUUCCUAGGAAUUCCAACUUAUUCCAAGACAUGCAAAUGAGCAAAGAUAAAAAACCUUGGAAUACUUGGGAAUACUUGGGAAUGGGUUAAAACACCAGUGGGAAUUUUUGGGAAUUCCUAGGAAUUCCCAAUAAUUCCAAGUUUGAAGGAAACUGUCUUUGGAACUUAUGGGAAUUAUUGGGAAUUGCUAAAACACCAAUGAGAAUUUGUGGGAAUUCCUAGGAAUUCUCAAUAAUUCCAAGUCAUUGUUAACUUGGAAACACUGGCUUAAUUUUUGGGAAAAACGAUAAGUGUUCAAAGGUAAUAAAAAGCGUAAAAAAUGUUAAUAAUCAUUUCUUUAAUUGCCUAUAACAACAAGGAUUUCUUGACAUUAACCAUUAUUUACAACAUUUAUUGCGACUUAAAUCUUUAAAAAAAAAUUAUCAACAAUAAGCACGAUACUGAAAGCUUAUUCAAUGAGCCACUCAGUGAGUUCUCGUACCUGCGCUUUCCAAACAUGCCCACAACACGUUUUUCAUCGCGGCUUUGCCUAAUAAAAGGUAGUCGCUUCUUGAAAAAACAAUACGAAGUUUUCCUCUCGCUGCUUAUACCUCAAAAGCGUUGGAAUAUUUUAUUUAGCUCUGAAAACGACCGCUUCUUUCAACUUGCUCAUCAUCGAGCAAAAUCAUCCGCCAUGUUUGAGCUAUACUGGUUACCAGUCUCCCCACUAAGUGAACUGCGUCAUCACGUGCGCCUUUUGAACCAAUGGAAAAGUGUGAAAUGAAGUUCCGUUUGGCGAGUUCAAAUUCACGCGGACUUUCAUCAGCAAGGGCACAAGUAUUUUUCAUCCGAAAUUGACGUUAUUUUAAACGCGGAUUGUUCAUUUAUUUUGUUGUUGACACAUGAAACGUGCUUCCAGUCAUGUCCGAGAACGAUAAGUCAGCUGGAUUGUGAAAGGUAAAGGUACGUUCCUGCUUCGUAAUGUGUCUUCUGAUGGUAACCACGUACUCAAAUAAUGAAGCUGGAGAUCAAAGUGAAAUUAUAGAUCGUUCCGAUAUAUGAACACGAAACUUCAAGAUGGCAUGGAAAACCAUUUAUUGGUUCCUUUUUGUUUACUGGAGACAUAACUGUAGUCGUUGCAAAAGGUUGAUGGAAUUCUACGUGAAUAAGCUAAUACUCGAUCAGAUUCUGGCGGAUUUAAUACAGUAGAACCUCGAUAACUCGAAUUCUCCGCUAAGUCGAACUAAAUUUGCUUUCUCUUGAUCAAGAUUUCAUUGAAAUUUACCCCGAUAACUCGAAUUCCCCACUUAAAAUCGAACUAUUUUUCGUUUCCCUUUAGAGUUCGAGUUCACCGCCGGGGUUCUACUGUAGUCAUGAACAAGUAUGUUUAAACGCCAUGUACUACAAGUAUUUUAGUUUCCAGUUCAUUAUUUUGUUCUCAGUUUGAGUCCUGAAUUAAAAGAGCAGCUUAAUAAGGGCUUAGCAGAUAAGCUUGCUGGAAGCAAGUUGGCCGGACUUUUUCAUUUUUUACACAUAUGUUCCCGCUGUAAAAUUAAUUCAGUCAAGACUCUUUUGCUAUAUUAUUCCAGUUACAAAUGUGUCCCACAAUUUUUCAAUAAUGACUCAAAAACAAUUUAUAUCUCAGGACUUAAAUUGUUUUAUUCAAUUUUUAAAAAAAAAAAACAUGUACCAUAAGAUGUGAUUUUGAACAUUAUUAUUAUAAACUUGUUUAAAUGCAAUUUCCAUGCUUUCUCCAGUUGGUAAUUAAUCAUUAAAUUUGUGUAUACUUUACUAUCCUGGCAUUGGAUCUUGAUUGAUGACAUGAUGUUAAACCUGUAAACUCCUAGAAUUCCUAGGAAUUUCUAAGAAUUCCUAGGAAUUACUAGGAAUUUCUGGGAAUUUCUAAGAAUUUUUUUGUGAUUUAAAAUCUUGUAGGUUGGAAUUCCUAGGAAUUCCUAGGAAUUCCAAGUCUAGUUUCAUUUACAUUUGGAAUUUCUGGGAAUUUCAGGGAAUUUAGAACCAGAACUUUUUAAACUGGGAAUUCCAAGGAAUUCCUAGGAAUUCCAAGUCCGAAUUUACCGUGAAAAUUCACACCUACAAUUCCUAGGAAUUCUUAGGAAUUCCUAGGAUUUUUUUCCUAGGAAUUCCUAGGAUAAUCCUAGGAAUUCCUAGGAAUUCCAAAAGUUAUUUCGCAAGGGCACUUAUGACGCUAUGACUGCCCGGGGAAUUGGGAAGCUUGGGUUUGUUAUUGACUGACGCAUGAAAAUAUAGAACCAGCCUACGUAGAUUAUCUUUGCCUACUUGCAAAUUCAACACUUGUUAACACUUUUCUAUUCUGUUUAUUAGUUCUUCUAUAGUCUGUGAAAAUUUUCAUAAGAAUGUUUGUAUCACAUUACAUGUAAGCUUACUUUAUACAGAUGUCCUUUCUUAAUUCCAUUAUUUUCUUUUAGUAAUUCCCAGUACCAGUGACCAAACUCCUAUUUUCCAGUAGAAAACAAGGAAAUUCUACUCCUUCAGACCCCCAAAGUCCUUACAUGAUUUUACAUUAUCAUCUUCAACGUCAUGGUCUCGUUGCUUGCUUAGUAUUGAAAGGUUAUGCCAAAUAAAUACACAUGUUUAGUUAUAAUUUACUUUAAACGGUUAAUGCUGGUUUCAUUGCUCACUGAAAUGUUAGUUACUGAGUACUUGAGACAGUCAUUCGAACUCGUCAUAAACAAGUUGGAAUUAAGCUUAAAAAGUUAGAGAAAAGGCGAGCCAGGACAACUUACCUUGCCUUACUAUCUGCUCUUUUCAGCGAGAUCUUGAGUAUCGAAGAGCCUUAGUAAUACGUGUAAUACAGUCUUGGUCUGUGUUGUAAACAUUCCAGUGUUAAUGCUUGUGCUUCACACGAUGUUUCUGUCUCCAUUUCUGACUGAGUAUCUCGUCCCGAAAGGGUUGCUGCACACUUGAGAGGUGAUCGAUUACUAAAGGCUGAUAGUGCCAUUAUAAAUUGUAACAAUCUUAAGAUGUCCUGUGAUGCAAGUUUGAAACCGUUGGACACUUUCAAAAUGGACGCCAAAUCAACGAACCUGAUUGAGCAUGUGCAAAGGAACAAGCCCGCUGACCAGGUGUCCCUUCACUCUAUUGUUUCCAGGCCCCUUUCUUUUAACAAAUUGUCCGUUCUCAAACGUGAAGUCCGCGGACUUAAAAUAAGGAAGCGAUAAAGGAGGUUCAACGAUGAAGCCAGUACUCUGUUGAAUGUAAAAUGGUCACAGUAAUUUGUGAAUGCGUUCUUUCUCUUUAAGUAAUGCGUUCUUUCUUUAAGUAAGACUCGUCGUUUUUGCGAGGCGAUAUUUUUUCUUUAUUUUCCAAUUAUUUCAAUUUGAUCAAAUUACAGUUGAAACUCUCUACAACGGCCACCUUAGGGACAUCGAAGAAAGUGGCCAUAGUAGAGAGGUUGAAAGAAGAGUAAAUGUAUGUCAUGUAUGGACCGUCCGCCGAAAAAAAAAACAACAACAAAACAAAAAUGGCCCGUGUAGAGAGGUGACCGCUAAGGAAGAAACACCUUAUACUGACUGAAAUCAAUGAGGGAAUACUACUGAGUAUUGAAGGCUAUUGUGUUUGCCGCGACAGAUAUGCCGUUUUUCGAAAAUUGCCGCACAGUCGCAAGCUAUAUCUUUGCAUGAACUCUGCCAGCAGAAUUUUCUUUUCAGCGUCAUUUUUAAGCGUGUACGAAGUCGUUCGCACCACCAAAAAAAUUUGCGUGGUUGGCUUGUUUACAUCGCACACCAACAUCGAACACCAAAUGAGCGAUAAAAAAAAACCAUGCGAACUAGUAUCAGGACACAAACGACUUACUAAAAACAGUGCCGGGAAUAAAUUGCUGUUAGGAAUUAAGCUAGCAUUAUAUGACAACCUUACUAAACCUUUACUUGUAGCGUAAAUGAGCGUAAAGCUGUUACAACAACUUUAUGCUAGCUUUACGAAACCUUUAAGAGCCGAGCGCGUAAAUUUACCUUUACAAACCUUUACGCGCCGUGGAAAGUUUGCGUAAAGUUGGAUGACAAACUUUACGCAGGUUUACGCAAACUUUAAUUUUGCGUAAAUCUCCAUUUUCAUGCUGUGAUCUAUGUCCAUUGGUUCAUUUCCUGGCUGUAUUACAACCAAACUAGCAGUAGCUGAGUCACCUGCCCUCCAUGUAUAAGUGAUGUAAUAUUUACCACCGAUUUCACAAAUUGAAGUCAUAUUAAGACCGUCAAAGUAGCUGUGGAUCCACAGUCUGUACUCUCUGCAGUUAUUGUAAGUGUAAAAUAUUACUCUUCUUCUUUUCAAAAGUGUAUUGUAAUUAUAUGUAUAAAUUUUCAGUGAUUUUUUAAAGCUUUAUUUUCUCUGCUUGCGAAAGAUGGAACAGUCGAAAUAUCGAAAUAUAUUUUUACACCCUGUUGAGAGCUUUAAUUAUGCGGUUAAAUAUGAUGCCGCUUUGCCCAGAACACCAAGUGAGACCAAAAUCCGAAAUUUAAACUCCUAAGCGAGGCGACCAGCAUCCCCUUCCCUUUCAUAUGCGUAAACGUAACUCAGGCGGUAUUGCCGUGUACAUAAGGAAAACGAUUAUAGGUGGAACCUCAUUCGUAACUACACGUACGUAAUAAGAAUAUACUAUGGAUUAAGUUAGAUAAAUCUUUCUUCGAACUGGACAAGGAUCUCUAUUUAGGAACUGUUUACAUAAGUCCAAACACUUCUCAAGUAAUCGACCAAGAACUUUUAGACGAUAUUGAAAGCGAAAUUGUAAAUUUUACACUCAAAGGUGAUGUAAUUUUACAUGGUGACUUUAACGCGCGCACCGGCAGCAUGCAAGAAUUCGCGGUCCAUGCCUCUUGAAAUCCCAGAAGACUAUGAAAUAGAUACAGAAAAUUAUCGCUACUCACAGGACGAAAAUACAACUAACAGCAGAGGGAGGAUUCUGAUUGAUCUUUGCACAGCUCUCAGUCUUAGGAUCCUGAACGACAGUGUGGUAGGUGAUCUUACAGGGAAAAAAACAUGCUUCAAAUACAAUGGGAGCAGUGUGGUAGAUUAUGUUAUCAUUUCUAGUAGAAUUCUCAAUUAUGUUAAUUACUUUAUUGUCAACGAUUUGGAACCCCACCUAUCAGACCAUUGUUCCCUUUCAUUCGCAUUAAUGCUAAAACACAAAAAAAAGGUGCUCCAAAGAAUCUGUCAUUAUGUGAAACUGGAUUGGAAGACGAGGAGCACUUUCUGAUGAAUUGCAUAGCUUAUAGGGAUCCUAGGAGAGAGCUGUUCAGGACGGCUAAAAAAGGAAACCAAUCUUUUUCUUGACUCUAUGACUCCAAGCUCUGCUUUUGCAACGUUGAUAAGUAUGAAGCAAGGAGAGAAAACGUAUGUGAUCGCUUCCGCGAAAGAGAAAGACGUGUUAAAUAUAACCUUGUCUAAUUGUAUAAAUUCUACAAAUGUACACCUCUAUAAUUAUUGCACCAAAAUCUUUGUUAUCGUUGUAAACACAUGUGUCUGUAGGCGCUCUGUUGAUAAUAAAGCAGCCAUCCUAUCCUCACGAAAGCUAGCAUCGGCCAUUGUGUAGAUAUAGUAUAAAUGCGGUAAAAUAUGCGCUUUAACCUGAUUAGUCCAAGUUGCCUCAUAUUUAAUGGAUCUUGUUUGCUCUAUUCCGCAGUGAAGGUCCGUAAAGCGAAGGAGGCUGUUUUCGUCUUGUAAACCAUGAGCUGGUUAAAGCUAUCUGCACUUGGAAAGGUUUUACUCUUCAGCUGCAUUUUAACUUUCAUCUUCCUCUCCGUGUAUUUAGCACACGUGGCUCGGAUAGAUAUUACUUCCCGGCCCCUGCUCGACAACAACUGUAAAAUUAACAGCAGCCAAAGCAUCACCGGACCAGCGUUUACGGAAAACCCAAUAACGCUAUUUGUAAGAAUGUCUGGCAGUAAACCAGAUCACUGGUUUCGUUAUUACUGUCAUUUGUUCAGGACUUUGGUUCUUUAUUGGCCUCCGUCAUUUGGAAAGAUAGCUAUAGUUCUUGAUGAAGAAGGAAAAGAAGAUCACAAAUUUGCCGCAAAAGUCAGCCGUGAAAACAAACGUUACUUUCCUGAUUUCAAGAUAGCAAUAGCCUUUGAGGCUCCUCCCAAAAACAAUAGCACAUUGACAGGUAAAGUUCAUCGCGAGGGUUACAUCAGGCAACUUUGGAGCAGUUUCUUCAUUGAUCAGUAUACAAACGAUUCCAUAAUUGCUUGGAUGGACACUGACACUGCCUUUCUCACCCCAGUAACCAAUUCUACAGUUUUUGCCGGCACGAAGUUACGGGCUAUGGCCUCAGAUAACACAUACGACAGGUUUUGGGUUAAGCACUGGAUAAUAACAAAUGAAAUUGCUCUAGGAUUGCCCUUCGUUGCUGAUUUUAUGAUUUAUUUCCCGGUAUACAUUUACCGGGAUACCUUUACGCGCUGCAGAGAAUACAUACUGAAGAGAUUCAACUCCACUGAUCUUGAAGACGUCUUUCCCAAGUUCUACGAAACGAAGGGGAAAGCACAGUGGCUGGAGGUGUCCCCUGUAAACAUUCUACUCAGUUAUGCUUGGUAUUUUGAAAAAGAUCGCUACGACUGGAGUUUUGAGAUCACCAGUAACCUAACAGAAUAUAAUAAAAAGUUUCCAAAAGGCCAUGCUAUUGGACCUGAACAUACAAAAACUAUUCUAUCGGAACCUCAAACAGCCUUUCAUACUUAUAAAAUAGAGGGAACGUGGAUAUGGUCAAAGAUUCUUGUAAGUUACUGCUUGUCACACCGAGCAGCGGGGAAUAAGGUAGAUAUAUGCACCAAUCAUACCGCUGCGUUCAAGGAUAAUUUGCCUCUUUUCAACUACGAUCUUCAGUUUAUUACCGAUCCUAAUAAAAGCCCAUGUAAUACCGGCAACAAUAAGUUAACCUGUUUGCGAAUUCUAGAGCGUCAUUAUAACCAAGUUGGUGUUGAGAUAAAUGAAGGGCGUAAGUUGGAAUGGAGCAAUAUGAAGAUUGUUGAACAGUUUGCUAAGAACUCUGGUAUUAAAUGUAACACAAUAUAG